UGUGUACCGUUGCGUUCAUCUCCUGCAGAGCGCGCAGUGUGAUGACGUCACUUCCUUGCGCCGUCAGUGAGGGAGACGCCGAGAAGUGGUGAGGCGAGUGCGCUGAUAGAAGCACAUAUAGCUUUUUCUAAACCCGCCGGUACUCCUGAUGUGGAGCGUGCCACAGAGGGGCUCAACGCCAGGAGCGGGUAGAGUAUGUAGCGGAGCGGCGCACCCGGAAGGGGGUGGGGACUUACCUGUGUCAAACACUCUGUGAUUGGAAGUGGAGCGACACAUCCGAAGGGGGCUCACUCUUAGCAGGUGUAUACCUGGCUUGGUGGGGAAACGGAUCGCACACCAGUGGGAUAAGUUGACAUGGAGUCUCUUGACUCCAUGCUCACAGACCCUCUGGAGCUGGGACCUUGUGUGGAAAGCAAUGGAACUGGUAUCAUGGAAGAAUGCAUGCUGGGAGGAACUAGGGUCAGUCUUCCUGAAGACCUCUUAGAGGAUCCAGACUUAUUUUUCGAAGUGGUCAGUAGGGAUACCUGGAAGAAUGUUCUGUCUGAUUCACAGCGUGAGCACCUCAAGCAGUUUUUGCCUGUCUUUCCGGAUGACAAUGCUAAUCAACAAGAAAAAAUUAUCCAGUCUCUAUUCAGAGGGGACAAUUUCCGCUUUGGUAACCCACUGCACAUUGCUCAGAAACUUUUUCGUGAUGGGCACUUUAACCCAGAGGUUGUAAAGUAUCGACAGCUUUGCCUCAAGUCCCAGUACAAGCGCUACCUGACUUCUCAGCAACAGUAUUUCCACAAGUUACUUAAGCAGAUAUUAGCAUCUCGAAAGGAGCUACUAGACCUUGCUAGAAAAAAUGGACCUGACCAAGUGUUGAAAAAGAAGCCAUCCUCUUUAAGGAACACCCCUGAGGAGAGAGAAACAAGAGCACAGUGCCGUUACCUUAAAAUUCUGAGAGAGGUGAAAGAUGAGUGUGGGGAUGGCACUUUGUCUUCUGAAGAAGAAGAUUUGAGUUCCUGGCUUCCAGAAUCUCCCACACACUGUCCAAGUGUUGCUGUCCCUCUUAGAGUUAUACCAACACUUUCUACACAGGACAUGAAAACUGCUGAUAAACAGGAAUUUACUAACCAUGACCUGAAGCUGCUUUUAAGAAGGCAUCGGGAGAAGAGGAAACGUCAGUCGGAUCAUCCUGACCUCAUAACAGAUAAUUUAUCAAUGAAUGAUAUAAUGACAAGAGUAAACGCUGGCAGGAAAGGGUCACUUGCAGCACUCUUUGACCUGGCAACAAUGAAAAAACGAGUGAAAGAGAAAGAUGACAAGAAGAAAAAAAAGCUUAAAACUAUUAAAACAGAGGUGGAAGAUUACCCUGACAUGCCUGAUGAAGCUGACAUUAUGCCUGCCGUUCUGCCUCCUGAGACACCUCAAGUAACUUUGACUGCUGUGAAGGAAGAACCAUUAGAAGAUGUGAAACCUCCACUUCCAUUUAAUGAAAUCUCAGCAUGUUUUUUCUGUCUUCUCCUGGAUAUUCUUACAAUGGAAGGGCCCUGUAGCCUCCCACUGCUUGAAGACAAGGUAUCUGAUUGGCAGUCCUUACCAGCUAGUACAUUAAAUAGCUGGUUCUCAGUAGCUCCAAAUUGGUGUGAUUUGGUGCACCCUGCUCUCAUCUACUUGAGUGGGGAGUGCAAAGUUGCUUCUUCCAGUUUUACUCCAUUUGUUGAGUUUAGAGAGAAAACUCAGCAAUGGAAGUGCGUUGUGUCCUCUAGUGACUCUGAGAAAGAACUAGUGGCUCAUUUUCACCUCUGGCUGGAAACAAAGGAUCAGAUAUAUAGCAAGGAAAAUGAAGAUUGCAUUGAUGCAAGCACUCCCAUUCCAAGGGUGAGGACUGAUUACAUUGUACGACCAAGCUCUGGAGAAGAGAAACAUGUUUUUCAGGAGCAGGAGCGACACAGGUACAUUCAGCCUCAUAAGGCCUUCACGUUUCGUAUGCAUGGAUUUGAAUCUGUUGUGGGACCUGUCAAAGGGGUUUUUGACAAAGAGACAUCUCUAAACAAAGCUCGAGAACACUCACUGCUGCGUUCAGAUCGUCCAGCUUAUGUUACUAUUCUCUCCCUUGUUCGGGAUGCUGCUGCUCGUCUGCCAAAUGGUGAAGGAACACGUGCAGAAAUCUGUGAGCUACUGAAAGAUUCCCAGUUUCUUGCACCUGAUGUUACCAGUGCUCAGGUUAACACAGUUGUGAGUGGUGCUCUGGACAGGCUGCACUAUGAGAAAGAUCCCUGUGUGAAGUAUGACAUUGGACGCAAGCUGUGGAUUUACCUUCAUCGAGAUCGCAGCGAAGAGGAGUUUGAGCGUAUUCACCAAGCUCAAGCAGCUGCAGCAAAGGCAAAAAAAGCUCUUCAGCAUAAGCCAAAGCCUCCAACAAAGAUGAAAUCUGGUAGUAAAGAAUGUUCGUUAAAGUUAUGUGGGACACCAGAACCAGCACAGCUAAGUCUCACUGAGUCAAGCAUGCCUCCUACACCAGGUACUCCAGGUACCCCAACACCACCAGCACUUCCUUCAACCCCCAUGUCUCCAUCUACAUCCGCUACUGUUAACAAGAUAGUGGCAAGUACAAUAACAGAGACACAGAAAUCCAGUCAAAGUGUUCUCCUGGUAUCAUCUCCAGCAAUGCCACAGCUUAGCACCUUGUUGUCUCCAGCUGUGACAAGCCAGUCAACUUCUGUCACUCCGACAUCUGGGAGGGCAGCAACCAUUUCCUCAUCUACUGGGGUUCCUCAAGUAAGAAUAGUGACAGCUACUACAGGUGUCCCUACUACCCAAUCAGCUGCAGUAGUAACUCAGCCUCUUUCACCAGUAAUUUCACACAUCAGAUUGCCAGUCACAACAACACCCACCAAGGCACUGGCUCAGACUCAGGUGGUAACAGUACCAGUCAAAAACCAGACCACCAUUGGUGCUUCUCGACUUGGGGCAUCAGUAACUACUCAGGGAAGUGUCACAGUGAACACAUUAAAUUCUUCUGCUGGAUUAGCAUCAAAGUCAGUGGUUAGUUCCCCAGGUGCCUCGGGACCUGCAAUACUUCAGAGCAUUACUGGACAAAGCAUCAUCAAACAGGUGGCUCUGUCUGGGCAGCUUGGAGUGAAAUCACAGCCAUCUUCAAGCCUUCCGCUUUCCUCUACCAAUUUUCGCAUUCAGGGCAAGGAUGUCCUACGUCUCCCACCAUCCUCUAUCACAACAGAUGCCAAGGGCCAAACAAUUUUGCGGAUCACACCUGAUAUGAUGGCAACACUAGCUAAAUCUCAAGUCACUGCUGUCAAAUUGUCACAAGAACUUUUUUCUGCUGCUCCUGUGAGCACCACAGGAAAGGGGCUCUUACAUGUGACCUCUAGCCCUUCAUCGCCUUCUCCACCUGCUCCAUCUACUAUCAAGCUUACACCAGAAAUGAAACCUGCAGAAACAAGCAGUUCUAGUUUCAGACUGAUGCCAGCUCUGGGAAUAUCUGUUGCUGAGCAAAAAGGCAAAGUAGUGACAGCUGGUGAAAGUAAACCAGCAACAACAAUACGGAUAGUGCAAGGCCUUGGAGUUAUGCCUCCUAAGGUAUCUGCAACACAGAGUAUUACAGUCUCUGCAAAACCAGUCACUGUUCCUUCUUCAACUAUUGUGAACCCUGUUCAUUCAGCCUCAAAUGUCAGCCUUCCAACAGUGAACAGCACAGCAGUAAAGACUGCACCUACUGGUAUUGUUGUUGGAACUGGAGCUGCUACAGUGAGACAGAUUCCUGUUACUACAACUCAGCAGGGUAAACUACCAGCACGUAUCACUGUACCCUUGUCUGUACUCAGUCAGCCUAUGAAAGGAAAGGGUGUUGUAACUGCACCUAUCAUCAAAGGAAACUUAGGAGCUAAUAUUAGUGGAUUGGGCCGCAACAUCAUUUUAACAACAGUGCCGGCUGGGACAAAACUGAUAGCUGGUAACAAGCCUGUGAGCUUCUUGACAGCACAACAACUUCAGCAGCUGCAGCAGCAGGGUCAGGCCACCCAGGUGCGUAUUCAAACUGUUCCAGCAUCACACCUUCCACAAGGCACUUCACCUGCCUCUUCCAAAGCUGUGUCAACUGUCGUUGUAACAACUACUCCCACAACCAAACCAACCCAGGAGCCACAGUAAUAGAAAGCUCAAUCUUGAUCUCAUGAGAUCCGUAAUCCUUUAUAUGUUGCCAUUUAAUUCAGUCUGGUGACCAUAGAAACAUCAGUUGAGAAUUGGAUCAUCGUAAGAUUAACUCAGACCUAAUACCAUGUUGGCAAUCUGCCUGCUUUCAUAUUAUUUCUUUCUACCAACCUUGUCCUUGUUCACACUGUCUAAAAACUGAUCAGAAGAUGUUAUUGCCUUAUGAGCAGGUUCAUUUCUAAAGUUUUGCUCGUAGGAAUAAGACCUCUGCUGCCAAGUUCAGAGGAGCUUUCUGGUGUUUGAUGCAUUUGUGUGCUAAAGUUUCUUCUAAAACUUCUGAAAUAGCUUGAUGGAUUGUAUCGUGGCAGUGGAAUGUCUAGCCAGAUUACAAUAUCCACUGUCAAAGCAAAGUAAAAUGCAUUUUUAUGUAUGCCAGAAUGAAUUUUGUUAUAUUAUGCUGUAAAAGCAAAAGUAAAAAAAAAAUUAACUUAUAUGCCUUCUUCUCCCGUUUGUUAAAUAUAUAUAUUUAAGAC